AUGGCUUAUAAGCUUAUUGAUUUCUUCAAAAAACAGUUAGGAAUUGUUGACAACAAAGUUAUCUUCACUGAUCCUAAUACCCUGAAAAAUCUGCUUAAUCUUAACUUGUCUCAAGAUGUUCUCACAGAUUUAGAGAAAGACAUUAUUGUUGAGGAGAUUAAACAAGCUUUCUUUACUCAAGGUAAUGAUAAAGCUCUAGGUCCUGAUGGCUAUUCUCCCUUAUUCUUUAAGAAGACCUGGACUUUUAUUGGGGAGGAUGUUAUCAAAGCUGUUAAAUUCUUUUUCCACAACUUUCUCAUCCAUCCAGCUUUCAAUUCCAUCAUUCUUGCUUUGGUUCCUAAGAUCACUAAUCCUAGUAAGGUUUCUGACUAUAGGCCCAUAUCUUGCUGCUCAGUGGUGUAUAAAGUUAUCACUAAGAUUAUUAGUAAAAGACUUACUGAUCUGCUGCCUGAUAUCAUUACCCCUAACCAAUAUGUUUUUGUCAAUGGUAGAUCUAUCAUUGAUAAUUCCCUUCUUGCUCAAGAUCUUGUGAAAGGUUAUGGGAGGAAUUCUAUUUCACCUAGGUGUGCUCUCAAGAUUGAUCUUCACAAAGCUUUAGAUUCCCUCAAUUGGGGCUUCAUUUAUUCUAUUCUUAAAGCUAUUGAGUUGCCUCCUUUAUUUAUUAAGUGGAUAGAAGUCUAUUUUUCUGGAGCUAGAUAUUCUAUUUCAUUUAAUGGCUCUUUGAUUGGUUACUUCAAAGGUAACCUCGAAUCAGUAACCGGGGUCAUUAUUGUUUUAGAACAAUUUUAUUCCAUGUCUGGUCUGAAAUUGAAUGUUGCAAAAAGUGAAAUGUUUUCUGCUGGUAUAUCUGUUAGAACCCUUGAUCUCAUUAAGAAUUCAACUGGAGUUUCUACUGGUUCUCUUCCAGUGAGGUAUCUUGGGGUUCCUAUAAUCACUAAGAAUCUUACUAUUAAGGAUUGCUCUGCUCUCAUUGACAAAAUCAAGGCUAAAAUCCACCAGUGGUUUGGAAAAUUCUUAAGUUAUGCUGGAAGACUUGAACUGGCUGUUAUUAACUCUAUCAAUCAACUAUGCUCAAGAUUCUUAUGGGAUGGUUCAAAUGUAGCAGCUUCUAGAGCUCGUGUUCGUUGGGCUAACAUCUGCUGCCCAAAAUCUGAGGGGGGCUUAGGAUUAAAGGACCUUAAAACCUGGAACAAGGCUAUUAUGAUGCAGCUCAUUAGAUACCUCCUUGCUGGAGAUGGAUCUUUAUGGAUAGCGUGGACUUACUGUUAUGUUAUUAAAGCUAAUGACUUCAGAGUCAUGACAGCAAGUUCUUCUGCUAGCUGGUGUUUUAAACGGCUGUUGAAACUCAGAACUGAAGCUCUUUAUUUUCUUAAUGUUACUUCUAAGCCUACCAUAACCAUUUGGGAGGAGAUAAGAGUUAAGCAUUCCAAAGUCCCAUGGCACAAGCUUAUUUGGUUUCCUAUGCACAUCCCGAAAUUCAGCAUCAUCUCAUGGAUGGCUAUUCUUGAUAAACUUCCUACUAGAGAGAGACUAUCUAUAAUGGGAAUUACUACUAAUGUUUCUUGCUCUCUUUGCAAUGAUCAUUUGGAAUCGAGAAACCACCUUUUUACUAACUACAUUUUUGCAAGCAGCCUGUGGAAGCAGAUUCUUAACCUCAACCUCAUUCUCAAACCGCAAAUGACAUGGGAAGAUAUGAUCAAUUGGGCAACUUCUACGUGGAAAGGUAAAUCACUCCUAACGUCUAUAUUGAAGAUUGCUUGGUGUUCUUCAUCUACACCGUUUGGGAGGAAAGAAAUAGGAGGAUUUUUCAAGGAAGAACUCGUACUGUGGAUGAAAUAUUACGAUCCAUUAAGGGUAUUGUUAGCACUCAGCUUAGCAAUAGGGGCUUUAAUAGAAUUGAUAAUAUCAAUUCUCUUCUUUGUAACAAUUGGGGUAUAG